CGAGAGGGCGGCGCUGUCAUUUACCGAACGGCGACUCUCACAGCCGGGAAAUUCCAGCGCACUGGGGAGGAUGGCGGGUGUUCUCCAUCACUUUCGCUUUACAGCUCCGUCACGCUUGCGGGAAGUGCUGUUUCCCCAAAUCGUGCAGCUAAAUCACCCGGUUUAAUCGAAGGAGCCUCACUAUGGUCUGAUCUGGUGCAAGGUGACUGUGAAGAGCCACUGGGUGACAUUUGAUCUCUUUAGAGUUGACAUGACUCACUCACCCUGGAAUGACUUCUUAUUUGUAGACACAUUUGAGCUGUCUCAACUCACUCCACACAUUAUCCCUGCACUUCCAUCAUUUUGUCAAUGAAAUAUGUUACAUCAGUUGCACGUUCGUUUUCAUUGAAACUUCGAAAUGUAAACUGAACGUUUUCCCCUUCCAGCUGGAAAACAGGGAUUUUGUAACCUCUUAGAAAGGCUCAUACGUAGGUCCAAGCGUCUUAUUAUUAAAAUGUGAAGGUUUUUCACUGAGUCUCUGACAGAUGAACUCCUGUAGGGACAUACAGCCUCAGAAGGUUACAAAAAAGUCAGUGUCCUGGCAGCUCUCUCACGGGUCAAAGGUCGGUGUGAAAGUGGGUCAAUAUAAAACGUGUCGUACUGUAUAACAGCACACAUUCUGUGAGACAAUCCGUGCAGCUCGGUAUUUUUAAUGGAGCAUGUGUUAUUUACUGCACCUUAGGAGUGCAGUUUCACAUUUUUUGGUUCGCUUUCUGACAAAUAAAACCAGGAUGUGACGCAAAACGUUAACAGGUUUGUGUAAUAAAACGGGGAAACUUCGACAACGUAAUAAAUGCAACUGUUUUAAAAGUAGAACAUCACCUGGUUGUAAAAUUUUAUACAUUAACGGGACUGUUUACAUGGUGUUGAUAGCGGAAGUACAGUGGCGAAAGUGCCAAACGGAAGGCAAACGAAACCGGAAGUUGUUACAACGAAACAUCUCUGCGAUGUUUAAAUGCUAACUUCUACGCUCAAAUUUGAAGCUAAUGAAGUCGUUUAGUUUGGUUUUCUAAAACAGGGCGUGGCUACAACAUUCGCUCGGCCAUUUGUUGUGCAGUAAUUCAUUUUUGUGUGAAGGUUUGAUUUUGUAGCGAUGCAGGUGCAGAGAGUUGUUCUGAGUUCCAGACCAGGGUUAAACGGAGUGCCAGUCCCUGAAAACUUUCGCCUCGAUGAUGCUACUGUACAAUCGGACCUCAGUGAUGGAGAAGUCCUAGUUCGGACCCUUUACCUCUCCGUGGACCCCUACAUGAGGUGCAGAAUGAAUGAAGACACCGGGGCUGAGUACCUGACUCCGUGGAGGGUGGACGAGUGUGUGGACGGUGGAGGUGUCGGGAUCGUGGAGGCCAGCCGCCACAGUGCCUACACCGAAGGAGACGUGGUGACGUCAUUCACCUGGCCUUGGCAGACGCGUGCAGUCUUGAGUGGCAGCGUUCUGCAGAAGGUGAAUCCAGACCUCGUCGAUGGCCACCUGUCCUACUUCUUAGGUGCCGUGGGCAUGACCGGUCUCACUGCCAUCCUAGGAAUGAGGGAGAAGGGUCAUGUGUCUGAAGGAGCCAAUCAAACAUUGGUGGUCAGCGGCGCCGCGGGGGCAUGCGGCUCGAUCGCAGGACAGAUCGGCCGGCUGGACGGAUGCAGGAGAGUUGUGGGGAUCUGUGGCUCUGAGGAGAAGUGCCGGGCUCUGGUGAAGGACCUGGCGUUCACUGCAGUGGUCAACUAUCGUCGAGAUGAUGUGGCUCUGAAGCUGCGCGAGUGCUGCCCAGACGGUGUGGAUGUUUAUUUCGAUAAUGUUGGCGGCACCAUCAGCGACACUGUGAUCGCACAGAUGAACAGCAAUAGCCACAUCAUCCUAUGCGGGCAAAUAUCUCAGUAUAACAAGGACGUCCCAUAUCCGCCGCCACUGAUGGAUGCGACACAAGAAACCCUGCAGAGAAAGAACAUCAGCAGGGAGCGCUUCAUGGUGCUCAACUACAUGGACAAGGCAGAUGCUGCUCUGCGGGAGCUGAGCCAGGGUGUUAAAUCUGGCCAGAUCAAGGUGUUGGAGACCGUGGUUCAUGGCAUCGAAAAUAUGGGAGCUGCUUUUUGCUCGAUGAUGAAAGGAGGAAACAUGGGCAAGCAGGUUAUAAAGAUAUCUGACUGAGAACAAUACCACAGCAAGUCAUUUCCCCUGGAUGGAACUUCCACUUCAAACUGAGCUGUUUUUUAAACACAAAAUUAAUCAACCUGUUAAAGAGUGUUCUUUAGUCGUUUCAAUAAGCAUCCUGAGCGACAUGUAAUGCAAAAAUAAAAUAUAGAUCUGGUAAUCUACAGCCCCUUGAUGACUUCCUCAUUCAGAGAACAAUUCUCUAUUUCAGUCAGUGUGAAACUUUGGUUCCAGCGAGCGUUGGUCGAGGCUCCACUUAGGCUGGGAGGGUCCAACUUUCAUCAUGUGAUCAUGUUGUGGCUGUAUAUUGUUGACAAUUGAUAUGUGACACAC